CGGUCUUAUAACAAGCUGAAUGCAGUUCUCUGUGGCAUUUUAUGAUGUUCACCUGGCUCACGUUUGCAGUGUGCCUGGCGACAGUGCUCGGCUUGUUUUUCUGGUCCCGCAAGCAGCUAUCGAUAGUAUUUGCAGCCUGUUCGUGUCGCCCAGCCAUGGCACAGCAGGACGGUGCUGCCAAGAAGAACCCUGCUGUUGGGGCAUUGCCCUCUCACUUCGUUGUGGGAUCAGUGUCAGAGGAGAACUCAGAGGAUGAAAUCCCAGGGAAGCCUGACUUGCAGCUGGAGGAAAAGGAGACUCGGUCCUUGUCCCCGUCCUCCGGUAGCUCAGACAGCACCUAUGAAAUGGGAUUUGACCACAUUGAUGGCCCCAUACAGAAUCUAAGGCCAAGCAUGUCAGGACUGCACCUGGUGAAGCAAGGCAGAGAUCGCCGGCGGAUUGAUCUCCAGAGGGACUUCACUGUGGCUUCUCCUGCUGAAUUUGUCACCCGCUUUGGUGGCAACAAGGUUAUUGAGAAGGUGCUCAUUGCCAACAAUGGCAUUGCAGCAGUCAAAUGCAUGCGCUCCAUCCGCCGCUGGGCCUAUGAGAUGUUUCGCAAUGAAAGGGCAAUCCGGUUUGUUGUAAUGGUGACCCCAGAGGACCUGAAGGCCAAUGCAGAGUACAUCAAAAUGGCAGAUCAUUACGUGCCUGUGCCAGGAGGGACUAAUAACAACAACUAUGCAAAUGUAGAGCUCAUUCUGGACAUUGCUAAACGCAUACCUGUUCAGGCAGUGUGGGCUGGCUGGGGUCACGCUUCAGAGAACCCCAAACUCCCAGAGCUGCUUCAAAAGAAUGGUAUUGCUUUUAUGGGUCCCCCAAGUCAGGCUAUGUGGGCUCUAGGAGACAAGAUUGCCUCUUCUAUCGUGGCUCAGACAGCUGGCAUUCCAACCCUGCCCUGGAGCGGCACAGGCCUGACAGUAGAAUGGACAGAGAACAACCAAAAGAAGAGAAUCAUCAACGUUCCUACUGACAUCUAUGAGCUUGGCUGCAUCCAGAAUGUUGAGGAAGGCCUUAAGGCUGCAGAGAAUGUUGGCUACCCUGUAAUGGUGAAGGCCUCAGAGGGAGGUGGAGGAAAAGGCAUCCGUAAAGUCAACUCUGCUGAUGAUUUCCCUAACCUCUUUAGACAGGUCCAGGCAGAAGUUCCGGGAUCCCCCAUUUUCGUCAUGCAGCUAGCCAAGCAUGCACGCCACCUAGAAGUCCAGAUCUUGGCUGAUCAAUACGGCAAUGCCAUUUCCCUGUUUGGCAGAGACUGUUCUGUGCAGCGACGGCACCAGAAAAUUAUAGAGGAGGCUCCUGCUACCAUCGCCACUAGUGAUGUGUUUGAGGAUAUGGAAAGGUGUGCAGUGAAGCUGGCUAAGAUGGUGGGGUACGUCAGUGCAGGUACAGUGGAGUACCUCUACAGCCAGGAUGGCAGCUUCUAUUUCCUAGAACUCAAUCCUCGUCUGCAGGUGGAACACCCCUGUACUGAGAUGGUGGCCGAUGUCAACUUGCCUGCUGCCCAACUGCAGAUUGCUAUGGGUAUUCCUCUUCAAAGGAUCAAAGACAUCAGGAUGCUUUAUGGGGUCCAGCCCUGGGGAGACUCUCCCAUUGACUUUGAGGGUCUGUCGACGGCCCCCUCCCCACGGGGCCAUGUCAUUGCUGCACGCAUCACCAGUGAAAAUCCUGAUGAGGGUUUCAAGCCAAGCUCCGGAACAGUACAAGAGCUUAAUUUCCGCAGCAAUAAGAACGUGUGGGGCUACUUCAGCGUUGCAGCGGCUGGUGGGCUGCAUGAGUUUGCUGACUCCCAGUUUGGACACUGUUUCUCUUGGGGAGAGAAUCGGGAAGAAGCCAUCUCCAACAUGGUGGUGGCUCUGAAGGAGUUGUCUAUCCGUGGAGACUUCAGGACCACAGUGGAAUACCUCAUUAAGCUGCUGGAGACCGAAAGCUUUCAGCACAACAGCAUUGACACAGGCUGGCUGGACAGGCUGAUCUCAGAGAAGAUGCAGGCGGAGCGUCCUGAUACCAUGCUGGGAAUCGUGAGCGGGGCUCUGCACGUGGCAGACGUCAGUCUGAGGAACAGUGUGUCCAACUUUUUGCAUUCUCUGGAAAGGGGCCAGGUGCUGCCUGCACACACACUGCUCAACACUGUGGAUGUGGAGCUGAUCUAUGAAGGUAAUAAAUACGUCCUGACAGUGACACGCCAGUCUCCCAACUCCUAUGUGGUCAUCAUGAACAACUCCUCUGCUGAGGUGGAUGUCCAUCGGCUCAGUGAUGGAGGUCUAUUGCUGUCUUACGAUGGAAGUAGCUACACUACCUACAUAAAGGAAGAGGUGGACAGGUAUCGCAUCACAAUUGGGAACAAGACUUGUGUUUUUGAAAGGGAGAAUGAUCCUUCACUGCUGCGAUCACCUUCAGCGGGAAAACUUAUCCAGUACACAGUUGAGGAUGGCGGGCAUGUGUUUUCUGGCCAGUGCUAUGCUGAAAUAGAGGUGAUGAAGAUGGUAAUGACCCUCACAGCUGGGGAGUCUGGUUGUAUUCACUAUGUGAAGAGGGCUGGAGCAGCACUAGAGCCUGGCUGUGUCAUUGCCAAGCUGCAACUGGAUGACCCAAGCAGAGUGCAACAGGCAGAGCUGCACACAGGGGCUCUGCCUUCUAUCCAGGCAGUAGCCCUGAGAGGGGAGAAGCUACACAGAGUCUUCCACAACACACUGGAUCAUCUUGUUCACAUAAUGAAUGGCUACUGUCUUCCUGAGCCUUUCUUCAGUGCUAAGUUGAAAGAGUGGGUGGAAAGGUUGAUGAAAACCAUGCGCGAUCCCUCUUUGCCACUGUUGGAGCUUCAAGACAUUAUGACUAGUGUGUCUGGUCGUAUCCCCCCUGCUGUGGAGAAGGCCAUCAAGAAGGAGAUGGCUCAGUAUGCGAGCAACAUCACCUCUGUGCUCUGCCAGUUCCCCAGCCAGCAGAUUGCAAACAUCCUGGACAGUCAUGCUGCUACACUUAACAAGAAGUCUGAAAGAGAAGUCUUCUUUAUGAACACACAAAGCAUUGUUCAGCUGGUGCAGAAAUAUCGCAGUGGCAUCAGAGGUCACAUGAAGGCGGUGGUGAUGGACUUGCUCAGACAGUACCUGAAAGUUGAGAUCCAGUUUCAGAAUGGACACUACGACAAGUGUGUGUUUGCACUGCGUGAAGAAAACAAAGGUGACAUGGCCAAUGUCCUCAACUAUAUCUUCUCCCAUGCUCAAGUGACUAAGAAGAACCUGCUGGUUACUAUGUUGAUUGACCAGCUUUGUGGCCGUGAUCCCACAUUGACAGAUGAACUGAUGGCCAUCUUGACUGAACUCACCCAGCUCAGCAAGACAACCAAUGCCAAGGUGGCGCUGCGUGCCCGGCAG